AUGGAGAUCGAGGUCGACGAAGAUCUCUUGCGGACGGUCGCGACAGGUGGCGAAAUGGACUACGGUCUAUGGCCCGCUCUGUCGCAAGGAAUCAUCUCGAGGCUAGAUAAGAUCGCCCACAAUGAAUUCCCUAUUCCGAACCUACCCACCCCUCCUCAACCCAUUAACGCGCCAGGCCAACAACCACGACUCCUCUCGCCGCUCCCAUCAUCAUCCAUCGAUCCCGCCAGUAGCCAGCCGUCAUCACAGGAUGCCGACAAGGAGAACAGCCAGCCUAAAGAUGCAUCGCCAUCCAAGGCCACGGUCGAAAGCGCUACUGAUGCCGACGCAACCCCCGCCACCACCUCGGGAUCGCUCCCCGCACAGAUUGAAGCCAUGUUGAACGAGAUCAACACUGUCUUGGCCAGCUUCCCGAAAUACCCGCCGCACACGAUCCAGCGCCUUGCCGAGCUGGUCCUCGAGCCGCGCCGCCAUUACCGUCACCUGGCAUCGUACCUCCAUGCCGUCGACCGCGUCGUUCAUGUCACCAGCGGCGCAAACACCUACCCUCUUCCGCCAGCCAUUCCCGACAUGUCCACCAUGACACUGCUCUCCAAUGGCAGCGCAAACGGCCAGGAGGUUAACAACCCAGCGGCCUCGGUGGCCUGGAGCAACUCGACAAAUUCGGUCGCCUCGACCGUCGGCACAGACGAAGCCCUCGGCGGCGCCCUACUAACCCCGAUCCCGUGGCUCACACGCCGACCGAGCCCCGGCUCAUCCUCGCCAGCCUCCUCAAAUGGCGGUGGACCGGCCGAGAUUCGUACCGAGUCAACGGAGACCAUUGAUGGCCCUAAUGGAGUCGGAAGUAUCGAGACCGUCAGCGUUAGUGUCAACGGCAUACCGUCUAUGGGCGCCAGCAGCAGCCGCGCGAUAACACAAGGUGAGUUACUGCGACAAGAGCAGGAGCAGGGCGUCGUUCCAGUCAACCAACUCGUGCGACAAGCAGAAGAAGCACAACACGCCGCCGCCCUGCGAAGCGGGGACGGCGGCAGAGCCAGUAGCCCCGAGAAGCAGCAGCAGGAUGAUGAGCAGCAGGACGCUGCCGGUGCUGCUGCCGCUGCUGAAGACGAGAACGAGGCGCCGCACGCUCGCGGUCCCGAGGAGAUUGGUGUUGGCGACCUCGGUCCCCAAAGCGAGACGACGAGCUUUGUGGGCGGUGGGCCCGGUCUUGACAUGCAGGGCAUUGAUGUUGAGGCUGCGGUGGGCAGAAAAGCCGCCACGCCUCCUCCCGAGGAUGUCAAGGAGGGUGAUGCCGCGACGGAAGAUGGGACGACGGCGGACGCGGUUGUCGACGACGCGGCAUCCGAUACGAGCGUCACGUCGCAUCCUAAGCGUGAUGCUGACGAGGAGCUCGAUGGUCUGGCGAGCAAGAAGGUCAAGGAGCACGAGGGUGACGUUGCGGGCGAAGCAACGGAUGCUACGGUCCCUACUUCGCCAAAGGUAGACGACACCAAGGAGGAUGAUGCGAAGAAGGACGAGCCUGAUGUGGCCAAGACUGAGGAAGGCAAAGAUGAGGAGACGGAGACCAAGAAGGAUGAUGCGACGGAUGAGGCUGCGGCGGUAGCAGCGGCAGCGGCAGCGAAAGCGAAAGACGCCGAGAUGGCCGCCAAAGCAGGGGGCGCUUAG